AAUAUAAUAUAAAAUAGCAGUAAUACAUUAAGUUGCAAGGUAUGAAUAUAGUACUAAUAAUACGGUAUUAGCAUAAAAGUAAAAUAGUGUAUAUGUAAUAAAAUAGUUCGAUAUAUUUAAUUCAUCUUAAGGUUUUAUAAAAAUGUCAUUGUGAGCAAACGAGAUUGUCGGUCAAAUUCCGGGUUUCUUGUAUUAGGCAUAUUAAUGUAUUACGGUACUUUCUUUGCGCGCAGAUAGCCGAAGUUACGGCUACGUGCUUUCGUUGUCACGACAACCGUAACGCACGUCUUUUUCCAUAAUAGGACACGCUGCAGGUCCUCCAGGAUUAAACAAAUAUAUCGAUUUGAAAAUGAUGAGAAAUACUCAACAAAUCAAAACGAAAGUAAAACUUACUUAUUGAGACUUUUCGAGGUCGUGCUGAAAACCCUUUUUGUCGAAGAACUAGGAAGGGAAUAUUUUUAUGGCAGCUGCGCCGAAAGAUGAGUUUGUGGCUGUGGCGUCAGGAGGGAGAGAAUCUCCGGGACACGAAGAACAACAAACGGGACCUCUUAAAGCCUCUGACCAGGCCGUCACUUUCAUGACCUCCAUUGAACCGGCCGAGCUGCUAAAGUGUGUGUUUCGAGACUCUCUGGUGAGCGUGUCUGAGAGUGGCAGAGAGCUCGGCGGCUUCCACGUCACGGUGGAAUUUGCCCGCAAAUUUCAGCAGUCCUGCGUGCUUCUCCAUGCCGAAAGCCAGGGAACUAUCGACGACAAUCCUUGUGGAACAACAGUGACAACCUACCUGACCACUGACCUGGAGGUUCUGCAGGAGGAUUAUUACGAGUAUGUCCACCUCAAAGGCCAAAAGAUGGAGAAGAGCUGCCGUACGGUGCAGCGGGACGGGCAGAUGGUGUUCGACACGGUGACUACUGUUGGAAUGAAUGUAAAGAAAGAGACCUUUUCCUACCCACUGUCUGAUCUGAGAGGUCUGGUGACGGAGGGCUCCAUCCUUCUCCUCAUGCGGCUCUUUGUUACGCGGAAGAAGGUCCCGGAUCACAUGGUCUUCAUCUCCUUCAACCAGGGAUUGCGCAUGGUCCACUCCACCUUUAGUGAGCUGGGUCUAAAGCAGCUGGAUGUGGGUGGGAACGCCGCGGAGGUGUUUGGAAUACGGAAAACAAGUCACCUCUCGGAGAACAGUUCCUCCUCCUGGCACUGCUACUUCCUGGAAGAUGGGCAUUUGGCCAGUCGAGUACACGUGGGAUCACCAGUCACUAUGAAACUUCUGCAGCUGCCGUCGCAGCAAGAAAAAGGUAACACACACCCACACACAGUCAAAACGUUUUUUUUUUUAAAAAACAGACUACUUCAGGCUGUGUCACAUUGGCUGUCUGUGUGUAUUUUAGAUUUUCAGAAAGUCCCCCUGCAUUGGGAAAAAGAUAUGCUAAUGCGAUCCGAAUUUCUGGACAGAAAGGACAAUAUAAAGACCAGCCAUGCCUCGUACCUGAGGCAGCACCCGGAGAUCCGUUCGCUUGUGUCAGACUUCCUGCAGUUCUUGUUGCUGAGGAAACCAGACGACGUCUUCCAGUUCGCCCGAAAGUACUUCCUUCAGUUCGUGUGUUACCGUUCGACCGAAUCGCACCACAACGCACCGCCGCUCAAAAAGGCAACCCCGGAAAACAGCUCUUGAUCUCAGCGCAGCGUUGUUUUUUUUACGACCACAUUUUAGAUGUAAUUAGCUUUAUUUGAAAUACAACAUCGCACGCCGGAGCGUGCAGUGAGCGGUUUCUAAUAAACGUCUGUAACUAACAGCGUGUCUUAGUACAGUCUUGAACUACCUCUAAUGGUGUAAUUAUGUAUUGGGCGUGAUGCUUACAUUUGGAAUGUUCACUACUGGAUAGCCGGCAAUGAAACUGUCCAAAAUUAAAGAAGGUUUUUAACAAUG